GCGGAGCGAGGAGGCAGUGGGGGAGGGUCACGUGUGUACACACUGUAGGGCUCAGCAGCACUCCAGCAGUAGUAAAGUCUGCGACGGACAGCCCCUUUUCAGAACAAGCCUCGUCCGAAAAGUUGAUAGAUGAAUCCCGUCUCUACUGAAAUGAAGUUAAACGAUUUCUUUGGUUGUUUAUAGGAUUUAUGAGCGCGAGGAGAGCAGAAGCGCGUAUUUUAGGACAUUUUUUUGUCAAAUGAAACGACUGAGAAAUGCCACUGGAAAUGCUACAUCCAAACUCAAUGCCUCCGUAGGUUUGUCACCGAGCCAAAUCUAUACGUUUCUGUCGACCUGUUGAGAGCACUUGACCUGUGUGAGCCCAGAGAUGUGGAUCUGCAUGGUUUACAAUGAGACGGACACCAGCGUGGACUCCCAGCUCUGCCAGGACUUCGGCCUCAUCCUGUCAGUCUUCUCGCUCAUCUACCUCCUGGUGUGCUUCCCAUUGGGGCUGUGCUACAAUGCGCUGCUGGUCGUGGUCAACCUCUCGAACAAGGUGUCUAUGACCAUGCCGGAUGUCUAUUUCGUCAACAUGGCCAUUGCGGGCCUUGUGCUCAACCUGGUGGCGCCGGUGGAGCUGCUGAGCUCCACCUUCACCCGCUGGCAUGCGUGGGAGUACAACAAUGAGGUCUACAUCACCCUGCUCAUCCUCUUCAACAUCUCAUCUCUGGUCAUCAUGUAUUCCACCACGCUGCUCAGUCUGGACUACUACAUAGAGCGGGCGUUGCCUCGCACAUACAUGUCCAGUGUGUAUAACACCAAACAUGUGUGUGGCUUCAUCUGGGGCGGCGCUGUGCUCACCAGCUUCUCUUCUCUGCUGUUCUAUGUGUGCAACCACAUCUCCACUAAGAUGGUUGAGUGCACCAAAAUGCAGAACAAAGAGGCAGCAGACGCCAUCAUGAUGUUUAUCGGCUACGUGGUUCCAGCUGUGGCUGUUCUUUAUGCCUUUGUGCUCAUUUUGCGCAUAAGGAAGGAGUCCACACCUCUGGAUCAGGACUCCGCUCGCUUGGACCCUUCUAUUCACAGACUGCUGCUUGCUUCAGUCUGUGUGCAAUUUGUACUGUGGACCCCAUACUACAUGACCCUGUUGGUGCACACUGUAGUCGGUCCACCAAGGUAUAUUAACUACAUACAUUACUUCCCUACCUACUAUUUCUUGAGAUGUGUGUCUAAACUGCUGGCUUUCUCUAGCAGUUUUGCGAUGCCUCUCAUGUACAGGCAGAUGAACAAAAACUUCUCCAACAAGCUUCAGCGGCUGCUCAGGAGGCUGCACUGCAGAGACCAGUCCUGCCCCCAUGAACGCUCAACAGUGCAGCAAGUGGUGACGUGAGAUCUACCCUCCUGGGAGAUCACUGACGCACCUCCCACUCCCCCCUUCUCCACCUCUCUGGCCUAGCCAGUACUUUUCUUCCCUUACAGAGCCAGUAUCUGACAGGGCUCCCUCGUUGCUCUGGACUGUGUUAAAAGCGAAGUAGCCAACUGUGGAAUUUCCUGUCACCUUCCAGAACUUGAUCUGAUAUUUUUCAGUUCUGCAGUGAGGCGACAAACCAAGAAAAAAACCACUAAGUGCUGUUAUUUUUUGUCACCAAGUGAAGCUCUCCACUAAGACACUUGAGCCUCCAGUUUGAGGGCAGUAAAUUGGCGCAAUCAGCCAAGUUUCACACAGACACCAACGAAAUGUCCUGUUACUACAGGGACUCCCAAACACUGUACUAUUGCAAUGGGUGCGGCUUUCUUGAUAUGGGUAAACACUCUGCUGACAGUGUGCAAAUUUGACUAAUGCAUGACUACCUAAAUUUCACAGUAAAGUCACAAUAUGCUACAAUAUAUGAUUUAUGUCCCUGGAAGAACAAUUUACAAAUUUUGUACCGGAAUUGAAAUCAUGAAAAGUGACAGAAUAUCAACUUGCUUUGCAUGUCAAACUUGUAAACCAACAUUUUGCGCUGCCAGAAAACAUCACAGUUUACUGCCCUCAAAUUACAGGCCUUAAUCACUUGAAUGUGAGGACAGUUCUACCUUUUCAGAGCUGAGUUAUCCUUUUACUGAAAUGUAUUGAGAGUGAUUCCUCAUUAUCAGAGUAAAUAUCCUUCACAUUUUAAAGGUGGAGUACAAUAUUCACAGUCUCUUACUGUAGUCCAUCAAAAGCUAUUUUUAUUCUUAUACCAGUACUACCCUGUAGCUAGAAGUAGGUGCUGGUAUGUAGAGAUGUUCUUAUUUCACUUUUCUAGAUUGAGUUUUGAGGUUUUGAUCCCACUCGAAGGCAUAUAGAGAUUACUUUUGCAUAUGUCAAGGCAAGCGCCGCAGCAAAUCAUUAAUCAUAUUAACACAUGAUGAUAAAAAUCUAUAUACUGUACAUCCACACCAGUUUGAAAUCACACACAGCUACAUUAAAGGCUUAUAUCAAGCUUGUAUUCAGGGUUCAGACAUAACCGGUUUACCUCUUGUGAUCUCUGCUGAAAUCACCUGUUAACCAGUUUCAAGUCAUGAAAAGUCAGCUCAUGAUAUUUGGGCUGAGAGCAGUCACCUCAGCCUGAUAUGUGAUUUGUUAAGCUAUAUUUUGCUACUGCAGGAAGUACACAUGCCUCACAUAGAGUCAGUGAAGUCCACACAGGGUCACAGACGGGGCCCUGAGGAGGUGGCGUGCACAUUCCCAAAAUUGUAUGAGCACUUGUGAGUGUUGGGGAGGUUUUGUUUUGGUGCCAUCGAAAACCCUUCACAAAGACUCACCAACCAAGCGCCUGUAAACAGUGUGUUUGUCGGCGAAGUUUAAACUGCAAUUCUGCUCAGAUGCAGUAAACUGAUCUGCACAUUAUUGGCAAAGCUGCUUUGAUUUCUUGCCUGCCACUGAAAGAUAGACUAUUUGUGAAAGUGAGCAGACUAUUCUAGUCCCAGAUACAAGUUGAAAAUAAAAGACAUGUUCUUGCAUGAGGUCUGUUGCAUCACUGCAUUAGUUUAGUUUUUUAUUAGCUUUCUGAACGAGAAGGCCAGUUUAUGAAUCAUCCUGUGAACAGAUACACCAGCGAGGUGGGGCAUUCACUUGAAGAGAAAUGGAAGGUGGGCACUCAUAGUUUUAUCCCACUCAUAGACCAUAAACGGUAGCUACAUACUGUAUGUUUCAAUUUACACCUUCAAAUAAUUUAAUAAUUUUUAUGUUAAAGCUGACUUGCUAAAAAAAAAAAAGUGUGCUUGACUUUCACUGUAAAGUAUAAAGGAUUGCCAGAUGUACUAACACAGAUUUGAUGCUUUUCAUAUAUAUAUGGAAUUUGUAUUAGGAUUUUAACAUAGUAUCACACAUGCAUAAUGUAUUUUUUCAAACAUCUCAUGCAUUAGGGAUAUGUUGUGUCUACGACUGAGGUAUGAAACAGUGUCCAGCAUUUUAAUUUUCCCUGCACAGCCCCCAUCCUUGUUAUGUGUAUCUAUAAUCAAUCAGUGGGAAGUACUGUUUAUUUUCAACUGAGGCUGUGUGUUUACAUUAUGCGCUACAGUAUGUGCUGCCCCAUUUCAAAAAAAAAAAAAAAAAAACUGUAUCGUGACACAGUUAAUCAUUAUUUGAACUCAGAUCAAAGUCCCAAUGGUUACUGUUCAUUUAGGAUUGGAAAGCAAACAGUAGCGUGUGGUCAAAUGAUAGGUGGUUUGAAUCAAAGCUUCUGACGCACUGAUGGAAGAAAUUUAAGCAGCAUUUCUGAAGAUGAUUAGUCUGUUUUCAGCCCCAAAUUGGUGCACUAUAUAUUGUCAGUGAUUAACGUUGUGCCCAUAUUCAUUUUUACCAAAAGUCCAACAAGUGAAGAGAAUUGAAUGGUUCCCAGUUUUCUGAUUUGGUAAAACUUGAACAUUUUGCCAUUUGUAUUUUCAUGCAGUCGAUCCAAAUAUAAAUAAAGUGUCCCAAGAUGAAUUGUAGGAGUCAUCAACCAUUUCCGAUAAUGUGAAGGAGAAUUAAACUCCACAAUCAACUUUGAAUUGUCCUUCCAGGAAUCAGAUUAUUUCACAUGAUUCACUUCAACAUCACUUUACUUUCACUUUCAAGCUUAAUCAAGUAAUCAUGGGGAGUUUCCAUAGUUGAGCCCUUUUAAUGAUUCCCUGUUUGACAGAAGUCCUUAAUAUUUUCCAUGAAUGCCAACUUAUUUCAUGAAAACAUCCAACUAGAAGUUACUCAGAGAGCAGAAAUAUCUGCCAAGGUGGCACAAAACUCAGAAUUUGUUAUUUUGAUAAUAGAUACUGUUUAAUAGAUUCCAAUUUCCAUCUUAAUAUGAAUCUGCAUCAAACUACACAAAGUGAAUGACAAUCAUGAUCGUUUUUAGAGAAUCGCUAAACUAGAGUUAUGGCCAUUUAACUUUAGCAUAUCGUUGCAGCACCAUAUGUAGGCAAAAUACCAUCAAGUUUUUAAAGAUUGCUCUGAGUUGACAUGUGUAUGUGCCAUCAAAUUUGUUUGCACAAUGUGUUCACGAAAUAUGGAGGUUUAUGUGGAAUUGGCAGGAAUUCAGCAAGUAAGAAAAAACACAAAAUUCCUGGGCCAUUUAAGUGGCUGCCAAUGUUUGUUAAAGAUUGGAUGAAAGUUUUUGAAGAAAAGAUGAAAAAUGUGUUUUGUAAAGCAUUUGAAAUGGAAACAGACAAUCUUUUUGGCUAAUAAAUAUAAAAUCUAGGGGGGAAAUUUAGCUUCUGUGCCUCACAAUGUCAAAGUCUUGAGUAGAUAUGUGAAGUAGUAGCAGGCCAAAUUUCCAAAUUUAAUUAAAAUCUGUCUAAGAAGUAUUUAAGAUAUAUUUCUUAUGUUACAGAUGAAACCUAAAACUAAAUCUCUGGCAGAGGUAAAAGUUAGCACUCCCCAAAAAUGGACUGACUGCAAAAUGUACACAACUGGCAGAUGAAGCUUGAUCAAAGCAUCUCAAAAUCACACAUAACUCAGAUGCCUGCUCAAGUGUGAGUUUGGUUUGUUGUUUCAGAGGGGCCUGAAUGUCACGUCAGUAUGAAGAAAUUUGAGUAAUAAUCACUGAGUUUGGUUAAAUUGCUGAAACAGACCGAGUCACCCUCAGAGUUCUCCUGUGUCGAAUGUAUGCAGAUGCAUUUUAGCUAUUUGAACGGCAAAACCUCAACAAAAAAAAAAAAAUCCAGAUGAAUCCACUUUCAGAUGUGAUGCUCUUGUGACUGUGUAUACAAGUGUAUAUGUAUAAUACAAAAUGAUGUGUAUAUAUUGUAAGUGAGAGAAUUCCCGGAAGAUUCCAUGCUCUUUCAAAAUACAGUAUUAUUUUCUGAGAGAUAUAUUUAGAUUCUGUAAGUAAUUUACUCUACUGUCAACUGAGUCAAAGACUGAUUAAACAAUAAACUAACAUGGAUAUUA